GUGCUUGAAUGCAGCGUCACGGUGAACGUGAACUGGGUGGGACUUGACGGACAUAGACCUCACAACGACACCGAGCACAACGAAUGAGAAGGACGACAGCACGACGGCCCCCGAAGGCAGGAAGGGCCUGCCUGACAGCCCUUGUCGUGGCCGUGCUCAUGGGGCUCCUCCUUUUCUGGUGCUGGACGGCCUUGCUCGAGCCGGCGCUGCUUAAGAGGAUGCAGAGAGGCGUCUGGUUCGUGUAUCUAAAGCCCUCGGCACACCUCUGGGACACUCUGCACGCAGCUGCUGACCCGCAAGGCGGCUUGUGGGGCUACAAGGCGAACGUCCACGGUGAAAUCGACACCUUUAUCUCAGCGAGACACCCGCAUUAUCGCUCUCUCUGGGAUACGGCAUGCAACUUGGGAUACCUCCUGACGCGGCUGGCCCAUAGUCAUCCUAAUGCGACGCAUUACGGCAGCGAUAUCAGCCCUUUGAUGGUCAACGUCACGCAGAAGAGAUGUGAUGGCCACUGUGUCACCGCUCCCUCCGACCUAUUCUCCCUCCAACAGCACGACACACGUCUGCCAAGAGCAUUCCCACGGGCGUUCGACUUGGUUAUCGUGUCGGAUGUGCUGUACUAUGCCAAGUGGCGCGGCCUCCCCCCGGUACUCUGGCAGUAUGGCCUUCUUCCAAGCUGGCUCAUCUCUGCUUCCCAGCAUUCAUUCUGGGACCGUUUGAGAAGCCUGGCGUGUUCUGAGGUCAUUCUAUCAAAUCACGAGAACAAUCCGGCUGUGUUGGGGCUGAUGACAGCCAUGGGCGCCACCCCCGUGAUGCCCAAGAAGACGAUAUGGACAGCUAAAGGGACCGCUCCGCGCGAGGCUUGCAAUGGGAGUGGCGAGGAGGAGAGAGACGCAGUGGUUGGCUCCUCUAGUGUGUCUCACAUGAAGGGGAAACCACGGGGAUUUGCUCUUGCGCCUGGCCGCUGAUAAGUGGGUUGUUGCAUGCAUAUCG